UUUGCAGGAUAAUUGGUUUGGGCUUCAUAAACAGGGGAGGCCCUUCGAAUAAUGGCCAGUCACAGCACAAAGCCUGUGUUUUCUGCCAAUUAGGCAAACAGAAGAAAUAAAAUGAUGUAGCGUGCAAAGUCAGACCGGUGGGGAAAAUUUUAACUGGAUGGAAACUACCGAGGCCCAGCAACAGGUUUCAGGCUGGGCGACGCUGGUGCUUCAUGCGAUCCUCCAGCAGGCAUCCCUGGACGUUUCCUCCAUCCCUCCCGGUGCAGAUGUUAGAGAUGGAGGUACUAAGGCAGCAAUGUCAAGGAGGUCGCUGUAUGGACUGUACCCCUACAAGUCCAGCAUGAUUGGCCUUGAGAACCUUGGCGACCCUGCAGGUAACUGGGAUAUAGUGGAGACCAUCGGUAAAGGAACUUAUGGAAAAGUCUACAGAGUGACCAGCAAAAAGGAUGGGAGUCAGGCAGCAGUGAAAGUGCUGGACCCGGUCAAUGAUGUUGAUGAGGAGAUUGAGGCAGAAUACAACAUCUUGAGGUCCCUGUCCAACCACCCUAAUGUGGUGAAGUUUUAUGGCAUGUUUUACAAGUCAGACAAGUUAUCUGGCGGACAGCUCUGGCUAGUACUCGAGCUGUGCAAUGGCGGCUCUGUCACAGAACUCGUCAAGAGCCUGCUCAUGCGCGGCCAGCGUCUGCAGGAGCCCGUUAUCUCAUACAUCUUAUGCAGUGCUCUCUUGGGUCUCCAGCAUUUGCACAACAACCGGAUAAUUCAUCGUGAUGUCAAAGGCAACAACAUCCUCUUGACAACUGAUGGGGGAGUCAAACUGGUUGACUUUGGCGUUUCAGCUCAACUGACCAGUGCACGAUUGCGGAGGAACACAUCAGUCGGCACACCAUUUUGGAUGGCUCCUGAGGUCAUAGCCUGUGAACAGCAGUAUGACUACUCAUAUGACGCCCGCUGUGAUGUGUGGUCACUUGGCAUCACAGCCAUCGAGCUGGCAGAUGGAGAUCCUCCGCUGGCUGAGAUGCAUCCCGUUAAAGCUCUAUUCAAGAUCCCUCGAAAUCCCUCACCCACAUUACGAAGUCCAGAUCAGUGGUGCAGAAGUUUCAGCCAUUUCAUCAGUCAGUGUCUUAUAAAGGAUUUUGAGGCACGUCCGUCUGUGACCCAUCUGCUGGAGCAUCCCUUCAUCAAGCAGGCUCACGGCAAAGAUGUGGCACUCCGUCAGCAGUUAGCAGCUCUUAUUCGAGAGGAGCAGGAAGUAGGCUGCAAAACCAAAACCAAGCAUGAGCGGAUCAAUAGUCGUAAAACCCUCAUAAUAGAGAGCUGUCCUGAUGAUGAUCUGGUAAAUCUGGAGUUUCUAGAUGAGGAAACUAUUAUAAGCCAUCUCCACAAGAGGUAUGAUGAGCUGCAGGUGUACACCUACGUUGGUGACAUCCUCAUUGCUCUCAAUCCCUUCCAGAACCUGAGCAUCUACUCUCCACAGUUCUCUAAGCUGUACCACGGCGUGAAGAGAGCUGACAACCCUCCACACAUCUUUGCUACUGCAGAUGCCGCCUACCAAGGAAUGGUGACAUUCUGUAAAGACCAGUGUAUCAUCAUCAGUGGAGAGAGUGGGGCAGGAAAAACAGAAAGUGCUCAUUUGAUAGUUCAGCAUCUUACCUUCCUGGGAAAGGCAAACAAUCGGUCUCUCCGGGAGAAAAUCCUUCAGGUCAACCCUCUUGUUGAAGCCUUCGGAAAUGCUUGCACAGCUAUUAAUGACAACUCCAGCCGCUUCGGCAAGUACCUGGAGAUGAAAUUUACACCAACUGGAGCAGUCAUUGGGGCCAAGAUAUCAGAAUACCUUCUGGAGAAAUCAAGGGUCAUCAAACAGGCAAUUGGAGAGAAAAACUUCCACAUAUUUUAUUACAUGUAUGCCGGGCUUUACCACCAAGACAAACUGAAGACUUACAGGCUGCCAGACGGGACUCCUCCAAGGUAUAUUGACAGCCAGCAAUGCAAAGUGAUGCAAGAUAUUGUCUCAAGGAAACUGUAUAAGGAGCAAUUUGACGCAAUUCAGGAGUGCUUUCGAAACAUUGGCUUUACAGAAGAGGAGGUCAACUCUGUUUACAGAAUUCUUUCAGCCAUUUUGAACACAGGAAAUAUUGAAUUUACUGCCAUCACAUCCCAACAUCAGACUGAUAAGAGUGAAGUGCCUAACUCAGAGGCCCUAGAGAAUGCUGCAUCUCUCCUCAGCAUCGGCCCAGAGGAGCUCCAGGAGGCGCUGACCUCUCAGUGUGUGGUCACCAGAGGUGAAACCAUCAUCCGCACCAACACCGUGGACAAAGCUGUUGAUGUCCGAGAUGCCAUGUCCAAGGCCUUGUACGGACGCCUCUUCAGCUGGAUAGUCAACCGCAUCAACUCGCUGCUGCAACCUGAUGUCAGCAUCUGUGCUACAGAGAACUGCAUGAAUGUAGGAAUCCUGGACAUCUUUGGAUUUGAAAACUUCAAGAAAAACUCCUUUGAACAAUUGUGCAUCAACAUUGCAAAUGAGCAGAUCCAGUUUUAUUUCAACCAGCACAUAUUUGCCCUGGAACAGAUGGAAUACCAGAGUGAGGGAGUGGAUGCCAGCCUGGUGGAGUACAAAGACAACAGGCCCAUCCUGGACAUGUUCCUGCAGAAACCCAUGGGUCUGCUCUCCCUUCUGGAUGAAGAGAGCCGCUUCCCUCAGGCCACUGACCAGACCCUUGUGGAUAAAUUUGAAGACAAUUUACACUGCAAAUAUUUCUGGAUUCCUAAACGUGUGGAGCUUUGUUUUGGGAUUCAACAUUACGCCGGAAAGGUAAUGUACAAUGUGAAUGGAUUUCUGGAGAAGAACAGGGACACUCUUCCAGCAGACAUCGUUGUGGUACUGAGAACAUCAGAGAACAAACUUUUGCAGCAGCUGUUUUCCAGCCCUCUAACUAAAACAGGAAAUCUGGCAACAUCCAGGGCUCGGGUCACUGCUGCCUCCAGAUCACUGCCGCCACAGCUCGGCUUAGGACGCACCAAGGUGGACACCAUGGAGAUGAUGCGUCACCCUGGAGAAACCACCAACAUGAGGAGACAGACUGUGGCCUCCUAUUUCCGUUACUCCCUAAUGGACUUGCUGUCUAAAAUGGUGGUGGGCCAGCCACACUUUGUACGCUGUAUCAAACCCAAUGACGACAGGCAGGCAUUACGCUUCUCCAAGGAAAGGGUGAUGGUGCAGCUGCGCUACACAGGGAUUCUAGAGACAGUGAACAUCCGCCGACAAGGCUACUCCCACCGCAUCCUGUUUGAGGAUUUUGUAAACAGGUACUACUACCUUGCCUUUCGGGCUCAUCAGAUGCCCGAGACCAGCAGGGAGAACGCUGUUGCCAUACUGGAGCGUACGAAGCUUAAGGACUGGGUGCUGGGGCAGACAAAGGUUUUUCUGAAGUACUACCAUGUGGAGCAGCUGAACCUGCUGCUGCGAGAGGUGAUAGCUCGAGUUGUAGUGAUGCAAGCUUACACUAAAGGCUGGCUUUGUGCCCGGCAUUACCAAAAAGUGAAAGAGAAGAGAAACCGUGGGGCCUUGAUCAUUCAGUCAGCCUGGAGGGGCUAUGUUGCGCGGCAGAAUCUCAAGAAAAUAAAAAAGGAGCAGGAAGAAGCUGCAAUUCGCAUACAGUCAGCUUACAGGGGCCAUCGGGUGAGUCAGGACGAUGGACCCCAAAGACGCAGAUGUCACCCUGAAGCUGGAAGAAAGACCAUUAAGGAGGAGCAUGCGGGGUACAACCCACCUACAGAUGACAUGCAUGAGGGAAACGCAAGUUCCAGAAUAUCAGUUGGCCCUGACAGCCGAGACAGACAAGUGAAAGACAUCAAGAGAGACAAAGGCAGAACAGAAGACAGUGUAACGAAGCCUUGCAGGGAGACAGCUAGACUGCAAGACAUGCAGUGUAAACAAGGUCCAGUGAUGAAGCUGCAGCAGAGAACUCCUCGUCGCCGUGGCCAGCAGCCCAAGCUGCUCAACAGCCCUGAAGACAGCCUGUACUACAACCAGCUAAAUAGAACUCUGGAUUACCAGGGGAGCAAGAGGAAGCCGAGAAAACUUGGUCAAAUCAAAGUGCUGGAUGGAGAGGAUGAGUACUACAAAUUACUGUCAACUGUGGAGUCGAUCCCCGAGGAAGAGCAUGCUGCUGCCCCCCCUCCCACCCUUUCCAGUGGACCUCUCGUCAGUCAGAGCUGAGCCUCACAACCAUGUCAGCCGGUAAGACAGACGUGUAGACAGACACUCCAAAGAGUGUCCUCAGUGUUGGAAGUGCUUUGGUAUGUGGAGUAAGUAGCAGCAGUGCAGAAAAAGCGACAUGUGCAGGCAAUGCCAUCAUCUGUUCGUGAGGCUUUAGAGAAACAGUUUAUGCAUCAUCAUUCAUGUAGCAUACUGUCACUUUUUCCUACUAUUCAGGAUUUAUUGACCUAAUGCUUAAUAAUAGUGAGACAUAAAACAUAACUGAGGAAGAAUUGGUUUACAUUUCUCACUUUAGCAC